AUGUCGCGCGUGCCAAUUCGCGUUGUUCAGCCCCCAAAGCAGACAUCGACAAAUUCAACAAUGCACAGUGCUUGUCAAAGUUCUGCUAGCUACGAUGAUUUGGUGCGGACAGCCAAAUACCAACAGCGUUUUACUGAAGCUAGUCGACGAUUAGUUGACGUACGUGAAACACGUGGGAAUAAUGCUGAUACCGCACCUAGACGUUGUGCUUCACUCCAAGAUCAGGAAAGUGAAGUGAUUCAUUUGAAGUCAUGCCCACGUCAAUGCGGAACGCAUCAAGUCUCGUCUCAUCCUACGGCCUCUCACAGACACCUGUGCGAUUUGCACAUUAAUUCUGAAUCCAAAAAACGAAACCUCCGAAACGUCAUUACUAAAGUAACUUCUUUGCAAGAACAGUUCGAUGUUUUGCGUCAACGUCGGUCAAUAGCAUUAGCAGCAGCUCUUGAACAACAAAAGAUAUUAAUGAACGCUCAAGCGAAUCAUUCAUAUAUGAAUAAUUAUGAUCAAGGACUCCUGAAGACAUGUUCCAUUAAUUCUAUGGCUUCCACGUCAAAUAGCAACGUCAUUUCACGCAAUGACGAUAAAAAAUCGAAAUCAUCGGUAUGGUCUAAUCAGAUUUCGACGCCUCGAAUGAGGCAUCCACAUUUUCCAAACAUUUCUGAAAAUAAUAUAGUGAGAUAUAGAAAUUGUCCGCAUCACAUGAAACCAAGACACAAUUUCUCUCAUGAUGUUUCCAAUCGACCACAAGCAUCUGUUGAGCCAUUUCAGGUUAAUCAAUCAAAACUUUUGAUAAAUACCAGACAGGAGUUCGCUUCCACUAGUUCUCCUCAGUUUCCAGCAAAACCUUGCAAUUUUUCUACUUCUGAACAAAAUAAAGGAAACUUAAGUAUAAGGGACAGUGCACUGAAUCGUGACAUUUCACCUUCCCCACCGAAAGAUCCAUAUCCAACUCAUGAGGAUGCGUGUGAUAAAGUAGAUGAAGCAUCUGAAUCGAAUGAAAUACAGUUGAAUCUGACUAAUCACAGUAGUAAACAAACCUCAGUUACUAAGAAACCAUCGGAAGCUGUUGAUAAUCAUUCACUGGACAAAUCUGAAAAAGUUGCAUCAGAAAAUGAUGGUUGUGUAGUAGUAGAAAAUGAAUUGGUAAAUACAAAUUUAAUAGAAAACGCGAAAUUGACAAAAGCUGAUCAAAUAUCCAUAAGACCAGACACAAUACGUGCUGCAAAGCGAAGAUCUUGGGCAGUUCAAGACAAUUCUCAGUGCAACGAAACGGAGCAUAUUCGAAAGAUUCUACUUGAUGAACAGAAAAAAGGUCGUACGCAUUUGUUGGUUGGGUGCAAUAUUGGCGAUCUUUUUUCUCUUUUUAAUAAGACUGCCACUCCUCUAAACGAAACCUCUAUCCCAGAUAUGCUAAUUACUGAUCAUGAAAAGUUACGCUUUGAAAAUAGUAAUGAAAAAGAACUUGUUGAAUGUGAAUUAGCAAUGAAAGAUAUUCAACUGGAUGAAUUGCCAGUCGAAAAUGAGUUUGUGCUUGAGAAAUAUCCUGAAGUUUCCAUGUCAGUUGAUGAAGACGAAUUGAUCGAAGAAAAAACCACGCAAACAGAAAUGGAAAACAAUAUUUUAGAUAUGCAACUGAUCAAACAACCUCCUGAAAAGGGGAUUCUUAAUAUUGAAAAAAAGACGAACAAUAUUCCAAAAAAAGUUAUUUUUGAUCCAUUGGCGCUGUUAUUAGAUGGCGCUUUGGAAGGUGAAAUGGAUUUGGUCAAAACAAGUGCUGCAAAGUUGUCAAAUAUAUCAGCGUGUAAUGAUGAAGGUAUUACUGCUUUGCAUAAUGCGAUUUGUGCUGGUCACUAUGAGAUUGUCCGCUAUUUAAUAGAUUCGUUAGCUGAUGUCAAUGCGCGGGAUUCUGAUGGUUGGACUCCAUUGCAUUGCGCAGCUUCAUGUAAUAAUUUGCCAAUGGUAAAAUUACUAGUUGAAAGUGGUGCUUGUAUUUUCGCUCAGACAUUAUCUGAUCUUGAAACACCGUCUGACAAGUGUGAAGAGGAUGAAGAUGGCUAUGAAGGUUGUCAGUUGUACUUGAAAAUUGCUGUGGAAGCGAUUGGUGUUGUAAAUAAUAAACUUAUGUAUGCAGCAUAUGAUUAUGACAAAAAGCACGAUGAUGAGCUAAGUUUUCGAGCAGGUUCAUGUUUGCAAAUACUUGAAGACAAUCUUAACACUAAAUUUUGGUGGUUUUGUAAGAUUGAAGAUGAUACUUGCAAAAGUGAUGAUGAAGCAUGUAAUCGUGGUUUGGUACCGCGAAAUUAUUUAUCACUUUAUCCAAUCUUAUCAAAACGAGCCUCUAAUUUUAAAAUGUUCGAAUUACCGCAGUUACCUCAUACUCAAAUCACUAACAGUGAUUGA